AUGCGAGGGAGCGUAGCCGAUACCGGGUGGGCUCUCGGAAGAAACAAUAAUUCUCAGAGCGUUCUGCUAAAGCAGCUCUUAGACAACUAUGGACCAAUCACAGUUAGACCUGUGCGUGACGUCAGCCGAUCAACGAAUGUGACCUUCAGAUUCCUUCCGGUUGAGCUCAUUAAGUUCGACGAAGAAAACCAACAAGCGAAGCUGUCGGCAUACAUACGAAUGAUAUGGACGGAUGAGAACAUGAUAUGGGAUCCCUUGGAUUUCGGUGGCGUCGAUUACGUGACCGUAAAAAAAAACGAUGUCUGGCUUCCCGACAUCUGCCUCUAUCAAAAUGUCGUCAAGGAUUUCAUCAGUUACGCAGAUACUUACAUUGUCGUGUCGAGCAAUGGCACCAUGGACUGGUACGCGCCGGUCAUCGUAGCCACGUCCUGCCCCAUCGAUAUUACCUACUUCCCCUACGAUGUGCAGCACUGUAACCUGACCUUUGGCCCUUGGUCACUGAACACAGAAAGGGUCCGUUUUCAAAUUUCAACCGACGCCGAUGCCAAUGUGGACUUAUUCCAUAAAAAUGGAGUCUGGAUACUGGAAAAGACAACAUCCAGAAAUCAGAUCGUUGAAUCGUGUUGCUACAAUAUCUCUUGGUCCUCAGUCCAGUUUAUCCUGCAAAUCCGCCGUCAAUCGAGUUUCUACACUCGUACUGUCGUUGUCCCAUGUAUUCUCCUGACGGCGUUGAUGGCGCUCGUCUGUUGGCUUCAUCCAGCGUCUGGAGAGAAGGUGACCUUGGCGGUCAGUAACCUUCUGGCGUUGAUCCUCUUCCAGCAGCUCGUUGCCGAUAGACUGCCACCAAGCGGUGAGACUACGUCCAUCAUUGUGAUUUUCUUCAUCGUGAUGAUUGGGUUGAGCUGUGCAGAGGUGGUCUGCUCCAUCGUUGUCCUGCGACUCUACCAUACCGGUGGAAGGCGGCAGAUACCCAACUGGUUGAGACGCACGAUGCUGCACCCGUUCAUCAUGCGUCUCUACACGAACGCAGAGUGUACCACCAUGCUGCGUGCCGAGGAUAAGGCCAACGAACUCCUGAUUAUGAAUUCACUGAGUAAUCCGACUCCACAAAACAACACCAUCAACUCAACACAAAACCAAGAAAAUGGGAUGCAUGUGGAGAAGAAAGCAAACGGUGUCGUCCAAACCAUCAGCCAACUGCCUGAAUUCGACACUGUGAGCAUGCGCUAUGACCUGGAAGUGCUUAGCAGGACGUGGCAGGAAGUGGCCAUCGUCUGCGACAAGUUCUUGUUUAUUCUUCUGCUACUGGUCACUUUUGUCGCUUGGUCGUAUCUUCUUGUUAGCUUUCUGACGAUGAAGGCGUAUUAGCUCAGUCGGUAGAGCAGUGGUCUCGUAAUCCGGUGACCCGGGUUCGAAACCAAGGCGAUCCGCUUAGGUCCCUCGUAGACGACUUAAAGCAGUCGGCCGUCUGGUUGCUUACUUACCAGCAUAUAUGCUUUCUUAGCAGUCAGGUAAAAUAACCACCACCACCUAAAAAAAAUAGUCAAAACAAUGGGACUGAAUAGACAGGGGGAGAUGAGGAUUGCCUCAUGAUAAUAUACCCUUGCCUACGUUGUAACUGUAAUAAGUUGUCAAGAAAUAUUAGUUUUAUGCGACGCAUUCAGUAUCUCUUGCCUAAGCAAGUACUAGUAAUGAUUUAAAUUAAUCCCUUUUAACCUCACAUUGACUCCUGCAAUAUUACAAGAGUUCAAUAAUUACAAAAGCGCUAUGCUAGAUUUAUGCUACAUGCCUAUUUGUGUAAAAGUGGCACAAUGCCUGGGUGUCAUGAUUGACGAGGAGUUACGUUGGACGGAACAUGUGGAAAAGGUUAUAAAAACUGCUCAAAAGAUACAAGUGUAAUUGAGCGAGCCAAACGUUAUGUUCCAACAAGAUCUCAGAAACUUCUAUUUAAUGCAAUCGUACUUCCUUAAUUUGAUUAUUGUUCCUCGGUUCUAUCAAGACGUCACCUACUUUGAACAGUCUUAAACACACUCUAAAAGCCCUGUUAUCUGCAGAUGACGUGUAAGUUAACCUUUGGUUCUUUUUCGUGCGAAGCUGACCAAUUUUCCCUAAUUGCAAAAUUACUAAAGGUUGAUAUGGUUAACCCUAUAUUAUGCAUACAUACAUCUAAUGUAUCCAUUUUCAGCUACCUUGUAAACAACCUACGUGUGUAAGUUAAAGUGCAAUCGAAUGUAAAUAUGUACAGUAUAUAACAAUGUUGGUAUCCCGUGCCCGUGUGUUAAGCUAUAUCAGAUUAUUAAAAAUGUAUGCUUUCAAUCAUUUUGU